UUCAUUACCCUUUUAUAUAUAUAGAUAAAAGAGUGAUGGAAUCAGGGCACCGGACAAAACAACAAAACUACAGGCCCCCCAACCUCGAAAUUUGACAACACAACCCAUCAUCCACGCCUCUAGGUUGAUACAACAAAAAGAAAAGAAAAAUAAAGUCCUAAUUAGAGGGAGAGCAAUAAUAAUAAUAAAAAUAAAACUUUAUUUAUACCCCGCCAUCAUCUCCCCGUGGGGACUCGGGGCGGUUCACAAUGUUACAAAAGUAACAGCGCAAAUACAUUAACAAUACACACAGUUUAAAACACAAGAAGAUGAUAAAACAAGUUAAAACAAAGAUUUAUACAACAGUAAUAAUAUCAAUAGUAAUAAUAUCAAACAACCACCAAUGCAAUUCAGUCAACUUCAAAGGUGGGGGGACUAUAGCAGCAGUAUAAGAUAAAAUCAUUUGAUUAAAAUAUCCCAGUGAAAGGAACCUAAUAACAUUCAGAAUAGAAUUAUAAUUAUAAUGAGGCUUUUUAUCCAAUUGCUGCCAGUUUAGAGGGCUAAUCUCUGCCCACUUAGUCUCCUAGCAACCCACUCAGCCAAGGGACAGCCAGGGUUCAGUUAGGGGACAGGCAGAUUUAGGCCUCACUUAGGCCUCUUCCACAGAUUAUCUAAUUUGCACUGGAUUAUAUGGCAGUGUAGACUCAAGGUCCUUCCACACAGCUAUGUAACCCAUUUAUAAUCUUAUAUUAUCUGCUUUGCACUGGAUUAUCUUCACUCCACACUACCAUAUAAUCCACUUCAGUGUGCAUUUUAUACAGCUGUGAGGAAGGGCCUAAUCAUUUUUCCUAAUUGCAGCAUUCAUACUUGCCUCCAACAGACAAAAAAAAACAACAAUCAGAAAUAUUGUAUAUUCACAAGCUUUAGGAAAUAAUAUCCCCUGAUGGCGCAGCGUGUUAAAGUGCUGACCUGCUGAACAUCUGGACCGAAAGGCUGCAGGUUUGAAUUGGGGGAGCGGAGAGAGCCCCCACUGUUAGCCCCAGCUUCUGCCAACCUAGAAGUUCGAAAACAUACAAAUGUGAGUGCAUCAAUAGGUACUGCUCUGGUGGGAAGGGAACACCACUCCAUGCAGUCAUCCCACAUGACCUUGGAGCUUGGGAGAUAUGAGGUCCUCACAAACGGACAUUACAUUUUUAUUUAUACUAGCUGUGCCCGGCCACGCGUUGCUGUGGCGAAGUCUGGUGGUAUGGGAAAUAAAGUAUUGAGGAAUUGGUGGUAGUUAAGGUCAAGGGUAAAGGUUUUCCCCAGAGAUUAAGUCCAGUCGUGUCUUACUCUGGAGGUUGGUGCUCAUCUCCAUUUCUAAGCCGAAGAGCCGGCGUUGUCCGUAGACUCCUCCAAGGUCAGAACGUUGGAUAAGCGAGUAUGUUGGAUAAUGAGGAAUUAAGGAUAACCCUAUUAAACAUCAAAUUAAGUAAUGAUUUUACCAAUUAAGCACCAAAACAUCAUGUUAGACAACAAAUUUGUCAGAAAAAGUAGUUCAGUACACAGUAAUGCUAUAUAGUAAUUACUGUAUUUAUGAAUUUAGCACCAAAAUAUCAUGAUAUAUUGAAAGCAUUGACUACAAAAAUGCGUUGGAUAAUCCAGAACGUUGGAUAAGUGAGACUCUACUGUAAAUACUACAUAGCAUUACUGCGCAUGGAACUACUUUUUCUGUCAAAUUUGUUGUAUAAUAUGAUGUUUUUGUGCUUAAUUUGUAUAACGAUUACCUAAUUUGAUGUUUAAUUGGCCUUUCCUGAAUCCCUUCUUAUUAUCCAACAUAUUCACUUAUCCUGCCAGCCUGUUUACGUUGGAUAAGUGAGACUCUACUGUAUAUUUCUAAUCUUAUAUUAUCUGCUCAGAACUGGAUUAUAUGAGGCUCCUUCUUCACAGCUGUAUAAAAUGCACACUGAAGUGGAUUAUAUGGUAGUGUGGAGUCAAGAUAAUCCAGUGCAAAGCAGAUAAUAUAAGAUUAUAAAUGGGUUAUAUAGCUGUGUGGAAGGGCCUUGAGUCUACACUGCCAUAUAAUCCAGUGCAAAUUAGAUAAUCUGUGGAAGAAGUCUAAGUGAGGCCUAAAUCUGCCUGUCCCCUAACUGAAACCUGGCUGUCCCUUGGUUGCUAGGCAACCAAGUGGGCAGAGAUUAGCCCUCUAAACUGGCAGCAAUUGGAUAAAAAAAUUAUUGCUCUCCCUCUAAUUAGGACUUUAUUUUUCUUUUCUUUUUGUUGUAUCAACCUUGAGGCGUGGAUGAUGGGUUGUGUUGUCAAAUUUUGAGGUUAGGGGGCCUGUACUUUUGUUGUUUUGUGAAUUGCCGUGAUGCCAUCACUCUUUUAUAUAUAUAGAUAGAUGAUGAUUAUUAUUAUUAUGUUGAAAUAAGAAACCAAAUCAAAGGAUCUGAUACAGAACGUUGGAUAAGUGAAGGUUGGAUAAGUGAGAUUCUACUGUAAACCUUUCUUUGAUUUUAAAAGGCAGAACUCUGCAUGUUUGCCUCCUAAGCUCUACAUUCUUUACAACUCCAUCCAACGGCAAUUCACACUUUGCUGUGAGCUGAAUGCUCAAACCAUAAGUGUGCUGUUUCCUUAUUUUUGGAUGCUCUGCUGUAUUAUUGUUCGGGUAGUUUUCCCUAACACAUAAGAAAACCAUAACACAUUAAACCGCCAGAAAGCAAAGGCGUCGCUAUCUCAGCCACCAGUGAGGAUGAAUUUGGAUUUUGAAGGGUUUUUGGAAUUUCGGAAUUACGGGGUGCUUGACGUAUGCUGUAACUCCGACUUAUCUGACCCUUUUGUUGCGAUUUGCCAUUAUCCUGGUCUCCAGAGUCUUAGCCCAAUUCUCAAACCACUACACACUGACUCGCACUUUUUAGUUGCUAAUGUGUGCAUUAUUAUUGGAUUUGUUAUAUGUGUUUAAUCAUGGGAGCUGUCUGCCCUGUACAGUAUCAUCUUCUCAGCCAAAGAGUGCUGGUGCCUCACCAAACUAUGUCUCCCAGGAUUCUGUAGUAUUGUGUCAUGGCAGUUAAAGUGAUGUGAAACCACAUUAGUUCUACUAUAUAGAUUAGGCAUGGGCCAACUUCGGCCCUUCUGGUGUUUUGGACUCCAACUCCCACCAUUCCUAACAGCCUCAGGCCCUUUCCGCUUAAGCGACUGAGGGGGAAAAGGAAAGUGCCUAAGGCUGUUAGGAAUGGUGGGAAUUGGAGUCCAAAACACCUGAAGUUUGCCCAUGCCUGGUAUAGAUACACCACGUGUUUGACUACAAGGCUCAUCAUUUGAGUCUCCAGAUCUCUUACCGCAACUCCGACCAUCCCUAAUCAGCAUGUCUGGGUUCAUUUAUCCACAUCUGACAAAUUAUGGCAUUUUCUAGGUCCUCCAGUGUGGCCUUAUGAUAUUUGUGGGCCCAAAGUCCUUCAUUUCAAUAAAAUCCGCUUUUAUCUGCAGCACUGGGUCUCCUAUUAUGUUACUAUUCCACCACCCCAUAUUGCUGGUGAGGGACCUGAGGCUGAUACCUUAUGAAUCGCCAAACACUCCCAAGAUAUAUCUGUUGAAAAAAGUGAAAUUUAAAUUAGGGACUUCUGGAUGGACAGUUGUGUUAUGAUUUUCUCUGUGUAAAAUUACCCAAACAAAAAUACAGUAGAUAUCCAGAAAUAAGCAAACAGAAUACUUAAGGUUGAGCAUUCAGCUCACAGCAAGCAGAACGUGAAGUGCCAUGUGACUGUAAAGAAUGUAAGUUGAGUCUCUUUGCAAUGAGUUUUCACAGAAAUACCUAUUAAAUGCAAUAGUGAGUUUCCAAUUAAAGUGUCAUGUUGGAAGGAGAAUACUGCCUACUGAUAUAUGACGUUCAAUUAAUAAGAGUUGGACCUCCAAUACUCAGUUGGGUGUCAGGAUCACCGUAGCAGCCUGGGACUGGCUGCUUCGGUUCUCUGGCAUAAAGAAGGUGGAGUAAGGGGGUAAGGGAGGCUGGGUAAAGGGUAGACAUUGGUUUUAUGAGAGAAUUAGGAAUUGCAGUUAACAGACUGUGGGCACGGUGUGUUGUUGAAGGUUUUCAUGGCCUGAAUCACAGGGUUGUUAUGUGUUUUCCAGGCUUUAUGGCCAUGUUCCAGAAGUAUUCUCUCCUGACGUUUUGCCCACAUCUAUGGCAGGCAUCCUGCCAUAGAUGUGGGCAAAACAUUAGGAGAGAAUACUUCUGGAACAUGGCCAUACAGCCCGGAAAACACACAACAAUCCUUUGGGCACAGUGUUUGGCCACUUGAGGGCAGAUAGGAGUCGGGUUGUAAUAUUACAGGUUGUUUUGAGCGGGAAAUCUUUAGAACUGUUAUUUAGUGAUUGUGGAAAGAUGGAAAUAAAUCAGUUGCCUUCAGCGAAUUGUUGUUGUGAGCUUGAUUUCAACUCCAAGAACUUCCAGAGUCUUACAGUUGGGACUUUGAGGAGGUGGGAGAUGGAAAGUUGGCUAAAUGAACCAAGGUGCUGGUCUGUUGUUCUAAUUUCUGCUUAUUUCCUUUUCCUUCAAGGAGAAUCCAGUGUUGUCAAUCCACCUGGGCUGUUGUCUUCCAUGGACCUUUUUAGCUAGAUACCCCCAAUAAACUGGAGAAUGAUUGUUGACUCAACAGUUGGGAGGCUAUCUGUUCAGAAGGAAGAGUAAAAAGAAAUUUGAACAUUUGCGAUUUGUAUUAAACAAAUCUAGGAUCAGGGGGGAAAAGAAGAAGGCAACGCCCUUGGGGAGGUGUCGUUGUGCCAAGACAAGGGGAUGGAGACCAUUGUUGGCUUCCCUUUCCAAGAAAAAGAGAAGCGAGGAAUCAAAAGGGAGGAGGAACAACUGCAAAGAACCACCCUGAGUGAAAUAUGGGGAGAAGACAGAAAAGCUUCAUAUGCUGGACGUAGAAGGACAUCCCUAGGAGGAGAGCAUCUUAAGCCAGAAACAGGCCAGGAGUUGCUUGAACACUGGGAUGGCCAGUGGGAGGUGUUAUUGCCGACAACAGAGAUGCCUCUGCCAGAACCAGAAAACCCACAGUUGUCGGAAGAGUUGGCAACAUGGAAUGAUGCCAAGGCGUUCCUGGCCUCUUUUGAGCAAGUGGCCAAGGCCUGUCGGUGGCCAAAGGCGGAGUGGGUGCCUUGGCUCCUGCCAGCCCUCCAAGGAGACACCAGGAUGGCCUUCGAGAGCAUGGACGUUGCAGACAGAGAGGACUAUGGGAAGGUGAAGGCAGCCGUCUUGUGGACGAACACCAUGAGGAGGGAGCAGCAGCGCCAGGAUUUCAGGGGCUUCUGCUACCAGGAAGCCACGGGUCCCAGGAUGGUUUAUGGCCGGCUCCAGGAGCUCUGCUUCCGGUGGUUGAAGGCCAAGCAGCAAACCAAGGAGCAGAUCCUGGGAGACGUGGUUUUGGAGCAGUUCCUGGCCGUUUUGCCUGCGGAGAUGCGGAGCUGGGUGCGGGAACGGGGGCCAGGGAGCUGUGCCCAGGCGGUGGCCCUGGCCGAGGAUUUCAUAGCCAGACGAGACGAGGCCGAGAGGCCAAAACAACAGGUGAUGGUAAAACAGGGAUCUCUGAAUGUCUCUGUGGCUGAAGAAAUUCCAUCGGACUAUGAGCAAAAUCAAGUCUUCCAGACGGGGGAUAGUAGCAGCUCCCAGAGUCAAGGUGUGACGGGUUCAGGUGACAGGAACCAGCCAGAAGGAGAAAAGGCAAUCCAGGUAAAGAUGAACAGCAUGGAAGAAGAAAGUUCCAAGCAUAAGAAGCACAGAGAAGAGCAUCAAGCUUGUCAGGUGCCCAGGGAGCAUCAGACUUCUUCCCUGGGCGGGAAGGUGGAAAGAGGCAUCCCUUGCAAUGGUGGUGAGCCCAUUCAUAUUGCAAGUCAACAAGGAACCCAUGUAGUCAAGAGAGAGGCCGUUGACACGGUGGACGAUGGCCAUUUCCUGGACAAUUCAGAGAUUAUUGAAUUCCAGGUGAGCCACACUGGGGGCCUGCCCUAUCAAUGCUUGGACUGUGGAAAGAGUUUCAAUUACAGCACCAGCCUCGUCCGGCACCAGAGGAUCCACACCGGAGAGAAGCCGUACAGGUGUCCGGAUUGCGGCAAGUGUUUCCGCCAAAGGUCCGGCCUCACCAUUCACCAGAGAAUCCACACCGGAGAGAAAGCCUAUCAGUGCCCGGAGUGUGAGAAAAGUUUCCGUGUGAAGUCGCACUUGAUCAGACACUCCAUUGUCCACAGCGGGGAGGCGGGAGAGACGCCGUAUGUGUGCUCCGAAUGCGGGAAAGGCUUCCGCUGGAAUGCCAACCUCAUCACACACCGGAAAACCCACGCGGGGGUGAAGCCCUUUGCGUGCGCCGAGUGCGGGAAGAGCUUCUACUCCAACAUGAGGCUCAUCCGGCAUCAGCAAGUCCACGCUGGGAUCAACCCGUACACGUGUCCCAUCUGCGGAAAACGCUUCUGUGAUAGCACCGGCCUCGCCAGACACCAGAAGAUCCACACGGGAGAGAAGCCCUACGUCUGCGCCGAUUGCGGGAAGAGCUUUAACCGGAACUGGAGCCUUGUUUCACACCAAAGGAUCCACACAGGCGUGAAGCCAUUCCUCUGUAUGGACUGCGGCAAAAACUUCAGGUCCAAAUCUGAACUUCACAGGCAUUUUACGAGCCACAAGGGAGAGAAAAACGAGGAAACGGUGGGGAGCAACAACUCUACAUGGGAGCAAAUGGGAAGUUAGGAAAUAAUGGAGAAGGAGGGCUGAAAAUUAUCCACUCUGUGGUUCUAGCUAUUGACCAUUUAAUGUUGAAGAAAGUGUUUUUGCUGGGCAGAUUAUUAUGUACCAUAGGAAAUCCUGGAACCAGUUUGAGGCCUGGAUGAUGAUUACGCAAACCAUAGACAGGGUCGGUUGAUUAUACGAGGCCGCUGACGCGGCCGCCUCGGGCGCUGGCUGCUAGGGGCGCUGUCGAGGCGUCGACAGCGGCCCGUAGCGCCACCGACGCCUCCGGUGUUGGCGCGGCCGCGCGGGGCUUCAAUCCCCGCGCCCGCGCCAAACCGCUGAAAACAGAUAUGCCAUUUUGCCCUUAGUUGACAAACUAAGGGCAAAAUGGCAUAUCUGUGCUGUGCGCAUGCGCACAGCACAGAUAGGCCAGUUGGCCCUUACUUCCUGGUCGCGGCCGCCGAUCGCCCGGCGGCCGCGACCAGGAAGUAAGGGCCAAAUGGGCUAUCUGUGCUGUGCGCAUGCGCACUGCCAGAUAGGCCAUUUUGCCCUUAGUCAACAAACCAGGAAGUAAGGGCCAAAUGGGCUAUCUGUGCUGUGCCCGUGCGCACAGCACAGAUAGCCCAUUUGGCCCUUACUUCCUGGUCGCGGCCGCCGAUCGCCCGGCGGCCGCGACCAGAAACGGAGGCUUCUCCCACCAGUUCCCCUCCCUUUGAUAGACGGAUGUUUUGGGAAACUAGUAGGUUUGAGAAUGCUGGCAGGAGAAGGAGCGCGCGAUUAGCAGCUAGAGAAUCUGCUGAUUAACCUGUUUUCCCCUGAGAAUUCUCAGGGAGGAUCGCAUCUGGUUGAAGAUGUUGUUUUAGCUCUUUUCCCUUGGGAAAAGAGCAUUUGGACACCUGCUCUGUGGAAAGAUUUGAAGUUCCUUAAAAGUUCUGUGCGCUGGCUAGCCAGCGCGGAGUCAACGUGUCAGUUGAAGGAUUAACUUCACUUCCAGCCAAGUGUGGACCACGUUUGGAUCCACUACCUUCCAGCCUAGCCGUGCCUUGCCUAGCCGUGUUUCCUUGCCUUGUUGUCCCGUGAAUCCAGUUUUGUCAUCAAUUCCUUGCCUUGGACUUGCUUUGGAACUCUAGCAAAAGACAUGGACUUUUCCCCACUCAAACUGCUUGGAAGUUUGAGUGUGUUUCGGUUUUUUGGAUUUCAAACUUUAAACUCUAAUAUUGGACAUUGGACAAUAUAUUAUUGGACUAUAUUUGACCUUUCCUAAAAGGUCUAUUGAUGAACUUUAUCUUCUGCUUGUUUUUGUUUUAUUUCUUCAAUUCUUUAAUAAAGAUAUUAGAUUGUU